ACUCGGUUUUCCUGAAUGCAGCCCAAUGGGUACACUGCUGGGAUGGCAGCAAACAAGGGCCCGACCUUGGUGGCUGGAGACGCCCCGGAGCAGGAGAAUGUGCUGCACCGGGUCCUGCAGCUGCCGGUGGUGAGCGGCACCUGUGAGUGUGUUCAGAAGACCUACACCAGCACCAAGGAAGCACACCCGCUGGUGGCCUCCGUGUGCAAUGCCUACGAGAAGGGCGUGCAGGGCGCCAGCAGCCUGGCCGCCUGGGGCAUGGAGCCAGUGGUCCGCAGGCUCUCCACCCAGUUCACAGCUGCCAAUGAGCUGGCCUGCCGAGGCCUGGACCACCUGGAGGAGAAGAUCCCUGCCCUCCAGUACCCGCCUGAGAAGAUCGCCUCUGAGCUGAAGGGCACCAUCUCCACGCGCCUGCGCACUGCCCGGAAGAGCAUCAGCGUGCCCAUUGCCAGCACCUCCGACAAAGUCCUGGGCGCCACCCUGGCCAGCUGCGAGCUCGCCUGGGGGGUGGCCAAAGACACCGUGGAGUACGCGGCGGGGACGCGGGCCGGCCGGCUGGCCUCCGGAGGGGCCGAGCUCGCCCUCGACGGCAUCGAGAAGGUGGUGGGGUUCCUCCUCCCCCCGGCCAGCGAGGAGUCAGCCCCUACUUCUGGACAUACCCAGACCCUGAAGGACCCCAAGGCCAAGCCCAGCCUGGCCAGCAGGGUCGGGGCGCUGGCCAACACCCUGUCUCGACACACCAUGCGGACCUCCACCUGGGCGCUGAAGCAGGGGCACGCCCUGGCCAUGUGGAUCCCGGGCGUGGCGCCCCUGAGCAGCCUGGCCCAGUGGGGCGCGUCGGCCGCCAUGCAGGUGGUGUCCUGGCCGCGGCAGAGCGAGGGGCGUGGGGCCUGGCUGCACAGCCUGGCCCAGGAGGAGAGCCACGACGAUCAGACAGACUCAGAGGGAGAGGAGACGGAGGAAGAAGAGUCAGAGACGGAGGAGAAGUUCAGCGAGGUGUCGGCGCUGCCCAGCCCGCAGGCCCUGCUGGGUGGGGCAGUCCACUCCCUGCGGCGGGGCCUCCAGAGCACCAUCUCUGCUGUGACCUGGGCGCCUGCGGCUGUGCUGGGCACCGCAGGCCGGAUACUGCACCUCACGCCGGCUCCAGUCGUCUCUUCCACGAAGAAGCGGGCCAUGUCACUGUCUGACGCCCUGAAGGGCGUGACUGACAACGUGGUAGACACAGUGGUUCACUAUGUACCGCUCCCCAGGCUGUCGCUGAUGGAGCCGGAGAGCGAAUUCCAGGACAUCGACAACCCGCCCCCCGAGUCCGAGCGCCGGGGAUCCGGGGCGCGGCCCGCCAGCCCCGAGCCCGCGCCGCGCCCCGCGGCGGCCCGCGGCGGCCUGCGCAGCACGCGGGGCCUCAGCGUCCCCUCCUGCUCCGGGCUGGACGACAAGGCGGAGACGCCCGCCGGCCCGCGCCCCGGCCUCCUGGCCAUGCCCCGCGAGAAGCCGGCGCGCAGGGUCAGCGACAGCUUCUUCCGGCCCAGCGUCAUGGAGCCCAUCCUGGGCCGCGCGCAGUACAACCAGCUGCGCAAGAAGAGCUGAGUCCCCGGCCGCCGCCCCGCCCGCCGCCACCCUGGCUCCGCCCCCGCCACGCCCACCAAUCACCACGCCCCCGCCAAGCCCCGCCUCGGAGACGCGCUCGGGACCCUAGAGCCCGCCCCGCCCCAGUUAGCUUCAGCCACGCCCACUUCCAGAGCCACGCCCCUUCCCCACGCCACGCCCCACGGUCCCGAGCAGCUUUCUUUAACCCGGGCCCCAAACUUGCAAGUGAGCCCCACCCUAGAGAGGGGGCCCCGGGCGGCCUGAGCCCAUCUCCCCGCGGCCAGGGCGCGCGUCCUCCUGAGGCCUGGCCUGUUUAUUGGAGAAAAGAGUCUCAUGAACUUUCCUGCCCGGGCUGGCUUCGAACCCCUAACUUGAGAUUUCAGCCGUCCUGGGAGCGCACACACACCCCACGGGGCAGCCGCUGCUCAGCCCGAGCUCUGGAAGUGCUGGUGCUGAGCGAGUCGAGGGAAUGUAUAAAAUCAGUUUAAACCCGAA